GCUUUUCGUACCAAACCCCUCGUAACGCCCGCCAGCCAUGUUCAGGCCACUGGUGCUUCGCCGCAACUUCUCCCUCUUCAACAGGGUACCGCAUGCCCACAUAGUGCGCUCAGCCGCUCGCCAGGGCUACGACAGUGUCACAAUUCAGCGAGUGCGAAUACGGCGGCCUUUCUUUAGCAACUCACGAUUAGUCGGCGCUGUCGCUGUUGCCGCAGCUACCUAUGGCCUCGUCCGGUACCUGGGCUUGGAAGUCGAGAUUGAAGAGAUAGACGACGACAACCAAUCCGCAAAUCCCGAACAGGACGGAUGGGAAGCGGUUGGCCCCGCAGCAGAGGACGGCAAGGAAGAAGAUGACGGCGAAGGCGCAAUUCUAUUUCUACCCACUGGCUUUUCGCGACCACGGCAGAGGACCUUCUACAAAGGCUCAGACCCCGAGUGGCAAGAUUUUAAGAAGAUAGCAAUCGAUCGCGCAAAGGCAAACAAGAUUGGCAGCGAGUUGGUAGCCAUAAUACGCUACAAUGCCUCCAAUAGCCCGCAGUACAUCGCUCGCCUUGGCAAAAUCGAUGUAACAAAAGGCAAAACUUGGGUCGAGUUUCGAUUCCCUCCCGGCCCACCCGUCGAGUACGAGCGACCCGGCAUUGAGCUGACUAAGCACCUCGAAUGGCGCAAGGCAACACGGCCGGUUGAGGAUGCGCACCACCAACGCUUGAGCAGAAUACUAUACCCCAAGGAGGUUGCGGAUGCUUUGUACAACGACACUACGAAAAAAGCAGGAAAGGUGUGGAAGAACUUCAAAGUCUACAUGGGUUGGGAGCAGGAACCAAAGACGGAGACAGUCCAGGACCUCUUUCACCGCAUAUCCACCAACCAGCAGUCGUCUGCCGGGCAGGCUACAAGCAUAGCCCCAAGUCCUCUGUCAGCCUCCGCAAAUGACACCCAGCAACCAGCAGCCUCACCUUCAACCGCGCCUGUCGAUGGUCCUGCGAAUGUGGGUUUCGUUCUACCAGAUCCCAAGAAGAUGACACUAGACCUCGCCCAGUUCCGCGCCGACUUCCGCAAGGCCUUCAAACCAUAUACAUUGCAGCCUCCACGCGGCACCUUUGUGGUGAUAGGUCUGAUUGAAAUAUACGGCGAGCGGGCCCGCAUGACACUAAAUGUGCAAGCCGUCUAUGACCCCAAACAGGGGCGAUAUUUGAGGUUGACGGGACUUGUAUGGAAUUAUGUCGAGCAUCAGCAGUAUCCACGAGGCGGGUCUUAGAAGAAUGGUCCUCAUGGUUCAAUGCAUUCCACCAGGCGUAGGGGAGGAAGUUCUUGAGCGCUAGAUAUCCAUGCAUGGGCGGAGUUUUGUUUGGUAAAUUGAGCGUUUGAAGCGG